AUGGACCGUCUCUCUCAGCCGACUCGAAAACGCCGACGACCGGCUUACUCAUGCACCGAGUGUCGUCGUCGUAAAGUGCGAUGCGACCGGAACCAACCUUGCAACCAGUGUACCGGGCACGAUGUGGCUUUCGCCUGCACGUAUGAGGAACACCCCCGUAGUCUCGCUGUAGGGCAGCAAAAAAGACAAAUACAGAGGACUCCGGAGGAGCUCCCCUCCCCUGAUACGUCCCUACACAGCUCAGCCACCUCGAACCAGAUCCGGGGCACUGUAUCAAAGACUAGGGUUUUUGGCCGCGGGCAUUGGAUGAACACCGUUGCUAGGGCGACAAAUCAUGGCCCUCAGGACAAGAUUGCAGAGAAAGUCAACCAGUGUAAACAGCUGUCUCGGGAUGUCAAGAACAAACGCCCAAGUCGCGGAUGCCUCCCAGCUGAUCUCCCUCGAUCCUUUCCUGGCCACCAGGUAAUGGGCGAACUCAUCGAGCUCUAUUUCGCUACCUUUGAGUCCUGCUACCGUAUUCUUAAUCGCCCCUCGUUUCAGAAAGAAUAUGAGGGCUAUAUCAAUGAUUCGGAACCGCCGAAGAGCCCCUUUAUGCUACAGCUUCUUCUUGUGAUGGUUCUAGCAAGUACGAUACAUGGCGAUGCUAAUAUCCGUAGCCAGAUAAUGACAAAAAGCUCGACCUGGAUCCAUAUUGCUCAGUCAUGGCUUUCUGCGCCGUUGGAAAAGGAUCGCUUGACGCUAGAGGGUAUUCAAACCAAUUGCUUGCUACUUCUUGCCCGCCAGGUGACUCGAAUAGGAGCCGACUUGGUUUGGAUCUCGGCGGGCUCACUUAUCAGAAUGGCCAUGCAGAUGGGCUUACAUCAGGACCCUGACUAUCUUGAAGAGAUGAGUAGGCAGCAAGAGGAUAUUCGACGGCGACUAUGGUACACCAUCCUAGAAAUGAACGUACAGACGGCGUUAGAUUCGGGCAUGUUGCCCAUGAUAACGGACACGGACUAUAAUACCCACCCGCCGUCCAAUGUCAGUGACAAUGACCUGGAAGGUACAAUGCGCGAGCAAUCUCAAGAGGGGGGUCAUUCGAAUCAUGUGUCAUUCCAGUCAUUGCUGGCAGACUCUCUUUCUCUCAGACUGCGCGCUACCAGAGUCAUAAACAGUCUACAAGAUGAACCACCAUACGACCAGGUUCUAGCGCUCGGAAAUGAGCUCGCAUCGGCUUGUAGCAAUGCUACCAUUGCGAUUGAGCAGGCCUCCACUACGGAUUGUGGGCGCUCUGUAGGAUUUGCAUCCAGCUUUUGCAACCACCUCCUUCGUCGUUUCCCUUUGUGCCUCCAUUACCAAUAUGCGGUGAAGGCUAAGAAAAGUCCGAUUUACAGCUACUCCCAGAAGGUCUGUCUCGAAGCCGCUCAGGAUCUAGUUUUAUUCCUUGAAGACGAUCAGUACUAUCGCCUUCUCCUCACCGGUGGUGGCAUGUUUCGUGAUAUUAUCACGCGGGGGGCGUUGCUCCUGUUUCUAGAACUAAACCCAGAGCCCCAAGAAGACAAUUCCAGUUUUGCGAGGCGACGGAGGCGCGCUCGUCAAGAACCACUGCUUCAAGAUGCUAGGCGCGUUGUACAAUACGCAAAAGACAGAAUGCGGCACGGCGAAACGAACGUGAAAGUAUAUGUAUGCCUUAGUAUGAUGAUGGCCCAGGCGGAGUCUCAUCUGGAUGGACUGCCUCCAAAAGAGGCCAUUUCGAAGGCUCUGCAUGAUAGUCUAGACAUAUGCCAUAGACUUUUGGAGCAGAGGGUCGCUGAUGCCUGCACAAGUCCCACAGAUCCUGUUCUCGAGUCUUGGGCAUCAAGCGGCAUGGUAGGCCAAGUUACUUGA